ACGACGCCGAUGAUGAUGAUGAUGAUGAUGAUGAUGAUGAUGAUGAUGAUUAUGAAUAUUGUCAUCCACCACCUAGAUUGGGAAGUUCCCAUGAUAACAUUUUGUAUUACAAAGAUAAUAUAAUAUCAAUAUUGAAUGCAAGUUUUUCACAAAGGCAAGGCAGAGAAGGAGGAAGACUCAAAAGCCGAAGGUUUUGUUUAUGAGAGGUUUUGAAGCUUUUGAAAGGGGUCCCCCCGGCCAUGGCUGCAAAUGGACCCCACUUGACUACUGAGUCAUUUUCGUUUUUUGUCUCCACCUCACUUCACGUGACCCUCCUUCCCUAACCACGAGACCUUCCGGCUCCAAGAACCUAGGCACGAAACCUCACUUCUAGAUCCGAUUUAGAUCUCUUCUUUCUCACUUUCAAUGACCCAUUCUCUUAGUUUCUUUUCCAAACUUUGUUUCAUUCCCAUUUUCCAUCAAUGCCUCCUCCUCUGCAUUCCCUUUUGUUCUUCUUCUUCUGCUCACUCUUUACAGCAUCCAUAGCUACAAACCAUUCAUGUUCUUCAAAACUAGAGAGCUCUGCAUCUUCUUCUUCUUCAUGCCCACCAUUCAGUUCCACUCCUUCUUUUCCCUUCUCUUCCUCACCAGGUUGUGGUCACCCAUCUUUCCAAGUGAAAUGUUCUACUCCCCAUGCUAUUAUCUCCAUUAACGACAUCACUUUCUCACUCAUAAACUACGAACAAAACUCAACCUCUUUCCGUCUCUCUCCUCACCCUUCUUCUAAUUCAUCAUAUGUAAACGAUUCCACUCGUAACUACUGUUCGUUCUCUCAUUUCGUCUCCAUUCCCAGCCACUCCAUUAAUCUCUCUGGUACUCCAUUUCGGGUUUCCGAUUCUUCUUGUUCUCGUUUAUCUGCACUCCGGCCCUGCUCUUCUCCAACUCUCCCAAACUGUAGCCAUUGUCCUUGGGAAUGCAAACUUAUCAAGAACCCAGUUCGUCUUCUUCACGAUUGUGGAUCUACUCGCCGUCCUGAUUCUGGUUCGGAUUGUAACCGCGAUGUUUUGGGUUAUCUUAACGAUUUCUUGACGAACUAUGGGAUUUCGCUCGAGUGGGAUGAGGUUCAGGAUUCUUACUUCUCGAAUUGCAGAGAUUGCCGGUCCAAAAAUGGAGUCUGCGGCUUUAAUUCCUCAGACCCAGAUAAGAAAUUCCUCUGUUUCCAUUCCAGAGCUCGUCUUUCACCUCCAUGGAUUACCCAACACAGCCCGAAUCGAAUCACAAUCUUGUUUGCAAUAUUCGUUUUGACAUGUUUGUUUCUUUUUGUUCUUGUUGCUUUGCUAUCUAGAAGAUUGAGAUCGUCGGCUACAGAGGAAGACCAAACCACACUUUUCCUCCAUCGUCACCGUUCUGCCAGUCUACUCCCACCGGUCUUUACCUACGAAGAGCUUGAAUCCUCAACUAACCACUUCGAUCCCAAGCGCAAAAUCGGCGAUGGUGGAUUUGGGUCUGUGUAUCUGGGUCAGCUCUACGAUGGUCGAAUCGUCGCGGUGAAAUACCUUCACAAACACAACAAAGCCGCCUCUGAAAAUCGAGCAUUUUCCACCAAAUCUUUCUGCAACGAAAUCUUGAUCCUAUCUUCCAUUGAUCACCCAAAUCUUGUCAAGCUUCAUGGAUAUUGCAGCGACCCGAGAGGGCUGCUUCUAGUUUACGAUUAUGUCCCUAAUGGGACUCUCGCUGAGCAUCUUCAUGGCCCAAAGAGCUUGUAUCGAAAAGGGUCUUUGACAUGGCAGGUGAGGAUCGACAUUGCUCUGCAAACGGCCAUGGCUAUGGAGUACUUGCAUUUCUCAGUGGUACCCCCGAUUGUUCACAGAGACAUUACUUCAUCCAAUAUUUUCUUGGAAAAAGAUAUGAGAAUCAAGGUUGGGGAUUUUGGGCUCUCGAGGCUUUUGGUUUUCCCGGAAUAUUCGUCGACUUCAACAUCCGGGUUCGUCUGGACUGGACCUCAAGGUACGCCGGGUUAUUUGGACCCGGAUUACCACCGGUCGUUCCGGUUGACGGAGAAGAGUGACGUGUACAGCUUCGGCGUCGUUUUGUUGGAAUUGAUAUCUGGGUUGAAAGCGGUAGACCAAAGCAGGGAAAAGAGGGAAAUGGCUCUGGCCGAUCUGGUUGUGUCGAAAAUCCAUAUGGGUCUGCUCCACCAGGUGGUAGACCCGGUCUUGGCCGUCGACGGAGAAUCAUCAAUCAACGGCGUCGAUGCGGUGGCCGAACUCGCUUUUCGGUGUGUUGCGGCGGAGAAGGAUGACCGUCCAGAUGCGAGGGAAGUGGUGGAGGAGCUGAAACAGAUUAGGAGCCGUGCACGUGGACUCGUCCGGUCGUCGAAUUCGAAUGUCUCCUCCAGUGGUGGUGGUGGUGAUGGUGACGUGGCAGAAGGGUUAAUUUGAUUGGUGGGUGUUGGGUUGGGGGGAUAUGGGAUUGGGUGAGGUCAGUUGUACAUGUGCCGUGGGGGUCGGUUUGACUCAGACUGACAAAAAAGAAACCCCGUGUCAGAAGCUGUUUUUUGGCAGCAUACACAAUUUCAAUUUGUGUUUUUCGGCUUUGCUUCCUAAAAACAGUGGGCUUCCCACGUCUCUCAUUUUCUGAGAAUGCCCUUUGCUUUGAAACUGUUAUCCCCAACCUCAGUUUAUUAUGUACAUCUUACAAUGUCUUAUUAUGGGUUUGGGUUUUUUUGUAUUUCAAUCCACAGCAAAUGACAAAUAUUAUCUUUCUUGA